AUGAAAAAAUACAUUAUCAGUUUUGCACACUCAUUUCCCAACUUCAGAGUCGCUGAACUCGAAUCGUUGGCAGAUUUGUUUAAUGUGACUGUCGAUCUAAGCCAUCUUGACGAGAAGCAUCCAUUCCUAAUAGUUGAGUUGGAGAAUGAUCAACAAGCAAGAAAUUUAGUCAAGAGAUCCAUCUUGGCCAAGGGUAUCUACGAACUAUGGGGUCAGGGAGAGACUUUGGAAAAAUUGCACGAAGACAUCAAAUCCAAAUCCACAGAAAACUUUGCAUUAUUUAAGCACAACACGUUCAAGUUCGAUUUCGUGAGUUUCAUGGGAGCAAAGACUACUGAGCAGAAAAUCAAAAUCAUCGAAACAUUCAAGUACAUGGGAUUCGAGGGAAAGAUCCGCUUGAAGAACCCAGAGGUUGUGUUUGCUAUCUUGGAAGAAUACUAUGUGUGUGGACAAGAGAAGGCUGAUGCACCUAACUUUAUGUGGUUCGGAAGAGAGGUUCAAUUGAGUGCCAGAUCAGCAGGCGUGGUGGAGAAGUAUGACUUGAAGCGUAGAAAGUAUAUUGGCACCACCUCGUUUGAAGCCGAGCUUUCGUUGAUUAGUUGCAACAUUGGCCAGGUUCAGCCAGGCAAGAUCAUCUAUGAUCCUUUCACGGGAACUGGAUCUUUUCUCGUAGCUGGUGCAUACUUUGGGGCAUUACCACUAGGUUCAGAUAUUGAUGUCAGAUCGAUCCGAGGCAAAGGUCCGCAAUGCAACCUUAGGGCCAAUUUCAAACAGUAUGGAACCUUAUCGCAGUUCAUGGAUACUUUGGUGAUGGACUUCACCAAUAAUGCAUUCAGAGAGAGUCUUGUUAUUGAUUCUAUCGUCUGCGAUCCCCCGUAUGGAGUAAGGGAGGGAUUGAAAGUUUGUGGAGCCAAGAACCCCGUGAAAGCUGCUGGCAGAGAGAAUAAUGUCGUGGAAGGAGAGUUGGGAUACUUACGCAAGGACUUUAUUGCUCCAAAGAAGCCAUACGAACUUGCAAACUUGCUUCAGGAUUUGCUUGAGUUUGCUGCGCAGAGAUUGCCUGUGGGAGGAAGAUUGGCUUUCUGGAUGCCUACUGCUAACGACGAGUUCGUUGAGCAUCACAUUCCCCAACACGAAAGAUUGGAGCUACUUUAUGCACUCGAACAGGAAUUUAACAAAUGGUCUAGACGGUUGGUAGUUUACGUGAAGAGAGAAGAGGGAUACAAGGGACUCACCACCAAUGGAAUGAUCAAGGACAACGUCACCAGUUUCAGAGUGAGAUACUUCAAAAGUUUCAACGAGAAGAGUAAGAGUCCUAGCGCCUGA